GCUCGAAUUGGCUGGCCUCCCGGGAACAAGAGGGAGUGAAACGCGGUGAAACAUCACCGCCUGCCAUUCUGGCAUUACGUCAAUGGUAAAGAUCUGAUUCGUUCGCUUGGGAGGAGGUUCUACGACCGCCAUUGUUUCACGUCUUUCGUAUUUCGAGAUAUAAACUGUAAGUCCAGUCGCAAUCCUCCUGAUAAUUUGGUGGGAGAGGACGAGUCACUUGUCGAGCACGCGGCGAAUAUCGAGUAAGAUUGCGCGAAGCAUCGUCCUUGGCGUAUCAUGUCCACGAUGAAUCCCGAAUAUGAUUAUUUGUUCAAACUACUGCUCAUUGGUGACUCCGGUGUUGGAAAGUCUUGCUUAUUGUUGCGUUUUGCCGAUGAUACCUACACCGAGAGUUAUAUCAGUACUAUUGGCGUGGACUUCAAAAUCAGGACGAUUGAGCUAGAUAAAAAGACGAUAAAACUCCAAAUCUGGGACACAGCAGGCCAGGAACGAUUCAGAACUAUCACGAGUUCGUAUUAUCGAGGCGCACAUGGUAUAAUCGUUGUAUACGAUUGUACAGACCAAGAAUCUUUUAAUAAUGUCAAACAGUGGCUUGAAGAAAUCGAUCGCUAUGCCAGUGAUAACGUUAAUAAGCUGCUGGUCGGCAAUAAAUGUGAUCUUGAAGCUAAAAAAGUCGUUGAUUAUCACACAGCCAAGGAAUAUGCAGAUCAACUCGGCAUUCCAUUCUUGGAGACAUCGGCGAAAAAUGCAAUGAAUGUCGAACAGGCUUUUAUGACAAUGGCUGCUGAGAUCAAGAUUAGAGUAGGGCCUCCGCCCAGUGCACCAAGUGAUCCUGCUAGCAAGGUGAAAAUUGAUCAAGGGCGUUCCAUCGAGACCUCUAAGUCCGGAUGCUGCUGAAGUGUUUAAAUUUGCAUCCGUUAACCAAAAACGCUGCAGCGCAUCGAUGCUGCAACAUGGGGAUAAACUUGACAACUGAAGAGGAGCAGCAAUUGCAAACUUCGGUUGAUUAACAAAAAGGGGGAGGGGGGAAGUAAGGCAAAGCAAGGACCAUCGAUACUGCUACCAAGUUGUACCGGAUUCAUUCAUUUUGAUUUUUAAGAAUAGGUGAGAAUAAUUAUUCAGUGAUGGUUGACCGGGAUGCGACAAUUGUAGGAUGAUUCAAAGCGCGAGCUUUGGAACCACUGAUUGUGAAUACAAUGGUGCGAUUACUGGCAAUUCAAGUUUAAUAAGUGAAUUAAAUAACACUGUAUGGCGAUUAUAAAAAUAAGCAUCUUUAUUUUUUAGCCUAAUUGUAAUAUGUAUAGGUAGAUAUAUAUAUAUACACCCAUAUA